AUGUCUGAAAUUCAGAGAUGGACGGUGAAUGAGCCAUACCUCGAUAUCCCGGGAACAUUACUCGAAGGCCCCUAUCACGAUGCAGCAAACAAUGAAUUCCGUUUCGUCGAUAUCUGGGACCAGAAGCUUUACCGCGUCGAUCUGGCCAAGGGCCCGGACUCCCUUAGAGUCAUCGAUACCGCAGCUUCUGUUGGUGUGACCGCCAAUAUCAGCGGGUCAAAUCAGCUGAUUGUUGGGGCCAAAUAUGGAUUUGCGCGGCUGAACCAAUCUACCGGAGAGCUUUCCUAUAUCCAUGAGGUCUGGGGCGAGGAAGGGGAAGGGGAGAAAGCGGAGAGAAUGCGUUUCAAUGACGGCGCAGUCGAUAGCCACGGCCGGUUCUGGGCCGGGGCCAUGAACGACCCGAAGAUCAAGAACCCGGAAGCUGAAGGCGUUCUAUUCAGACUAGACCCAGACCUCAGCCUGCAUCGUAUGCUGGCACCGGUGACGAUCCCCAAUGGAAUUGGGUGGAAUCUCACGGAUGACACCAUGUACCUGACCGACUCGCCGACGGGCAAGAUCUUUGCUUUUGACUUCGACGCCACCACCGGCGCCAUCAGUAAUCGUCGGGUUCACUUUGAUAUCGGCUCAUCGCUAGAGCCCGAUGGCUUCGCUAUGGAUGUCGAGGGCUGUAUCUGGAGCGCCGUUUACGGUGGUGGAAAGGUGCUUCGCAUCGACCCGGCCGGGAAGGUUAUCGGGCAGAUUGAUCUGCCGACGCGCAACGUGACUUGUCCUACCUUUGUCGGCACCGAGUUGUUCAUUACUACUGCCAAGGAUGAUCGUGAUGAUGACCAGUUGCCUCAGUCGGUGCGGUAUGGGGGCCGACUUUACAGGGUUGAUGUUGGGGUCCUAGGCAAGCCCAAGACCGAGUUUCGGUUUCAGAACUGA